UCCUGUUCAUGGUGAUACAUGAUCGUGUCUCUCCGAGUCCGGAUACCGUGGCCCAGUCACAAAGUGCGCUUAACCGACGCUACCAAGGCGCGGCUGUGGAUCAAGAUAACGGGUUUCCACGUUGAAGAUAGGUGGCAAUCCACUUUCCCCGCAUUCUCAGCUGGCAUUGAUAAGCUUGGGGGGUAUCGUACAAUGCAGGGACGCGCGUGUCCUGUCCGACUCACCCCUUCCAUCCUACAUCUAUUUCACGCUUAGCCGCACUGACCACGUACAACACGUGCCGCAUCAUGUCCUCGCCCAGGUGGACGCAGUCAAACGUCUGCAUGAGGUGCGCUAAGAUCAAACAAGUCUGUGACGGCAAAACACCAUGCUCCCGAUGUGCGCGACUCAGUGUCCCGUGCGAACCUCGGUCUUCAAAGCACAAAGACCUUUCGGUGACAACAGGUCAUGAACAAGAUGGCCUCACACCAAUUCCAACAAAAGCACGAAUUCGACGGGUACAGACAGGGUGCCUCAGGUGCAAGAAGCGAAAGAAGAAGUGUGAUGAGCAGAAGCCUCGCUGUGGCGAUUGUGUCAGACUGCAGCUCGAUUGUGUUUGGCCUUCAGACCGACGGAGGGACGCGAGCGACAUCGAUCGCGGCGGCAGUUUCCCGUUACUUCAAACAGAUUCAUCGAUCAUGGACGGCUUUGAGUACACAGAGACACUCUGCGAAGGGGACUCGACGCUUCUACAGCUUUCAGGGCUCAGUUCUACAAACAACGGCGCGAUAGCGAGUGAUGGUGGCGUCAUACACGACCCGUGGGCUGACGAUGCCCUCUUUGACUUUAGUCUGUCACCGAUCGACGUUCAGUGGGAUCUUACCACGGAUUCAACAGCAUCCGGUACAACCACGUCCCUUGGGGGCUCGGCAGUCGAGUCUCUGGUGGUCUCUGCGACCUCACCCGACCAGGGAUCUCUGAAUCUCUAUGUUCCAAGCCUCAUGCCGAAUUUAACGUCUGCUGACGACAAAGCCUUGUUCAAUCACUAUUCAGCUGUCGUCGCUAAUACGCUCUGCCGAACGUCACAGUCGAGCGUGUCCAACCCUUAUAUCCACCACAUCUUACCAAUGGCUGUUUCGGAUGACACCAUUCGUCACUGUGUACUGGCCUUGAGUGGCUCGCAUUGGAAGCGAACGCAGCCCCGUCUGAGCGAGCGCGGACUCGUGCACCAGGCCAAGGCGACGCGGGCGUUGGCUGGCAUGCUUUCCACCCCCAGUCAGCAGACAACGGACGUUGCUUUGGCGGCGUGUCUCUUGCUGUGUCUGGAUGAGAUCCUGGACGGCCAGUCGUCCGGAUGGAAACACCAUUUGGAGGGCGCCAAGCGCCUCAUGGCUGCCAGAGCCACGGCCGAUGUCACAGACACGGCCUCUGAAUACGCCUUCCUCGUUGACCUGGCUCGCUUUCUUGAUAGUGCGACCACGACGAGCACAUGCGCUCCACCGGUGAUGCAAAAAGCCGAUACGAAUGCUGCAUUUCUGAGCAGGCUGAGUUUCCGUCUGAGCAAUCACGAUACCGCCGUAUACGGUGUGCCCAAAGCACUGUUCCAUCUGGUUGACAAGAUCAACAAUCUCGCCCAGAAGCGCAAGACCAGGGUAGACGCGCAGUCGGAGGACAGCUUCCUCCAGGAGACGGCGCUGACGGAGGACCUGUUGGAUCACUGGAGCUUUGAGUAUGGUGGUCUCUCCCAGGCCGUCGCCAGCCUCACCUCCCUCUCGCGACCAGACCACGACACCCUUCAAGCAACCAUUGCCUACGAAUGGGCCCUCCGACUCCGGCUUCACCAGAUCAGGGAUGGCUACAAACUUUCGCACGACUUUGUCCCGCGCUGCGUCGACAAGAUACUCGGAGCGGUGCAGGAGAUCAGGUAUGGUAGCCCGCUGGAGGGUUGCCUGCUUUUCCCCUUGGUCAUGGCCGGUGGUGCGUGUGAGGGGCUGGAGCAGAGGAUCAUCAUACAGGAUCGUCUCAUGGUCAUGGAGAGAACGUAUGGGUUCGGGUAUGUGUACUGCGCGAGGGAUCUUGUGGAGAAGGUUUGGGAGCAAAGGGAUGCUUUGGAGGGGACAGGGGCGAUUGUCAAUUGGGCGAGAAUGAGGUUCGAAGAGAUGAGCGGCCUCGUGAUUUUCUGACCGACAAAGUAAAUCAGUAUGAA